UUGUUUGGUACGUAUUUCCUGUCAGAUGAUUUGGGGAGUGGUAUCAGGGGUUAUAUUCAGGGUCUCUGGUUAUUUCAGUAAAGCUCUGGGACUUUAGAUUAAACAUUUUAUCUACAUUUGCCAAAAAAAAAGAUGACAAAGACAAAAAAACCCCAGUUGUGCGGAGGGACCAGUGAGGAGAAGGACGCAGAUGAAGAAGUGCAGAAAAUCUGUGAUGAGAUGAAGUCACAUGCGGAGGAAAAAGCUGGAAGGACAUUUGAUGUAUUCACUGCUAAAUCUUACAAGACACAGGUGGUAGCUGGGAUGAAUUUCUUCAUCAAGGUCCAUGUGGGUGGUGAGGAGUUUGCUCACCUGCGUGUAUAUAUGAUGUUGCCAUGUCAUGGAGGAACACUGGAACUUCAUGGAAUACAGAUACCGAAAGCCCAACAUGACCCCAUUGAAUACUUUGAAAUUGAGAUUACUAAUGAAAUGAUACAGUAAUUUUGUGAAAGGAAAAAACUAAUUUCUGGCUGCAAGUCAAAAUGAGUCAGGACUGAAAUUUCAUCUGUUGGAAUUUUUUUUUCACUGGUUGAAGAUGAACAAGCACUUGGGGCAUUAGGUUUAACAUCAGCAUUUACUUUAAAGAUACAAACCUUUGUGUGAAAAACAAACUAACCAUUUUGGAAUUUUACUAUAAAACAUUUGCCCCUAGUAGAUUAGGAAAAAACAGAAAUGCUUAUGAGAAACAACAAAUUCUUAAAGAUAUGUGUGUCUAUUUUGAUCUGAGCUUCAUAUUAAUCACCACUGUGGAGUGAGACAUGAAAAAAACAUUCAAUACUGAACAUAGACACAAUAAAACAAGUGCAAACUCCA